AUGGAGUCGGUGUCUCCAAGGAUAGCUUUGAUGGGUGCCCAACAACGUCAAGUGUUAGAAACUACUGGGAGAUUGGUAACGCAAGGUGUCCAGACCGUUGACUCCGAAGAAGAGGUGGUCACGGGUGUGGUCGAUAUAGAAAGCCAGACCGAAAAAUUAUUGGUUGAGGACAAGGCCAAUACUGAGGCAUCGGACAAGGCUGUGGGCGAGGAUGUGGCCUACAGUGAUAUGUCGAAGGGUACGGCUUCGGUGCCUGUUCAGGAUUGGUGUGAGAAGCCUUGUCCCGAAGAAGAGAUAGAAAUCGACUGUGUGAGAGAGCCAGAACAUUAUUGCGUGGGAUGUGCAGCUGCAUUUGCCCAUUUGGAUGUCUCCACCUUCGAUCGCCCUUGUGAUAUUUGCUCUGCCCCGACUGGGUGUGCCGGCCUGAGAGCGGAUGGGCCUCUCAUGACUAAUGAGGAGUUAGAGAGAGCCAACUUGAAGCUCCCGGCCGAAUCACAGGCUAGAGUUCCCGGCACGUCUAAGCCGAAAGGGAAAGAGCUUAUUAAGGGAGAGGAGUGGCCCCCAGCUGCUUGGGAGCAUGUAGAUGGCUUCGAAGGAGAUGAUAUAUGCCAAGACCCCUUACGGUUUGCUGUCCCAGAGUUUCUGGACGAGACGGUUAGGCUACCAGAUAUGUGUGAGAGCCCUACGGAAGCGCAACAACCAGUUGCUGACCUAUGUGAGGAGUUCAAGGACCUCUUUGUGUUACGUCCCGGACGCUGUACUCAAGCUGAGCACUCGGUCGAGACUGGGACGACUCGUCCGAUUU